AUGGCUAACAACGUACAAGAUUCAGCAAUGAUGAUAUGCUAUCGAGAAUGUUUAUCAAAUUUGGAAAAAUUCAAUGGUGGUGAAGAACAAAAAAUUUUACAAUUUAUUAAUAAUAUUGAAAGAAUCGGCAAAAUGAUCGACGCAAACGAUGAUAUUUUACAUUGUAUGUGUACAGCAAAAUUAGAUGGUGAAGCGAAACGCUGGUAUGAGGAUAACAUGACAUUAACUCAAUGGGAAAAUUUAAAAUCAGCAUUACUUGAAAGAUUUACAACAUCAGAUUCGUCAUCGAAAAUAUUCGAACAAUUAAAAGAACGAAGACAAAAAUCAGAUGAAACAAUUACAUCGUAUUAUGAUGCUGUUAUUAAAUUAUGUCGAGAAUAUGAUUCAUCUAUGUCACAAAAAAUGAUGAUAUCGUGGUUACAAAAUGGAAUCAAAGAUUCAUUGAAGACUCACAUUAAACGGCAGAUGAAAUUAUUACCUGAAUCAGCACGAACAACUCAAGCAUUUUUAAAAAUUGCUAAGGACGAACAAGAAUUACAAGAAGAAGAUUCAUCUGAACAACAAGCGACACAAUCUUAUUUACCAUACAUUACGAAUACCGUAUCAACAACAUUACAACAAGCACGAAACGACUCGCAAAAUGUACCAACGUCAACAUAUUCGCCAUCACAACAUCCAAUAUAUAAACGACAUAAACAUCAUGCUCCAACAUCCAAAUAUUCAGAUUCAUCACAACUCCCACCAAAUGGUCGAAAUUCAACUUUACGACCACCACCUAUUGUACGUAAGCAAGAAUCACCUUAUUUAUCAACUAAUAAUUCGAAACAUUAUGAAGAAGCAAAUGUCAAAUCUUAUUCAUUCCCGCAACACUAUUCACAACGACGACCAUGUGAUAUAUGCCAACGUUUUCUAUUAACUGGAACCCGUGAUGGUGGUCAUUCCAGUAAUAAACAACAAAAUCCAUCAACAAUAAAUUAUACAUUAUCCAAAUUAUUAACUCCUAUAUAUAUAAAUGUUCAGGUAAAUAAUAAACAACACCAAGCCAUUGUCGAUACUGGAUCUGCAGUCACCAUUAUUAAUCAACAAUUAUUAAAAAAGAUUUAUCACAAGGAAUUUAUUUACAAAAAGAAAUUACACAAAUCAGCUAAUUGCUCAUCUAUUAACAUUAUUGGUGAAAUUCAACUUGAAAUUAAAAUACAAGGGUAUAAAACUUUUAUUUUAGCAGAUGUUGCAACGAAUCUUAUUACUGAUCUAUUACUUGGAAACGAUUGGAUUACGACAAAUAAUGUUAUUAUUGAUACACCACAACGAUGCAUUUUUCUUACUGAUCAAAAACGCCAUAUUUUAACAGCAGCACAAUUCGUCAAACCAUCACAUCUUCAAUUACCUGUACUAUUAGCUGAUGAAAUUACCCUUCCACCACACUCCGAAAAAUGCAUUGAUAUUAAAGUAUUAUCAUCAAUGACAAGUAUAUCCGAAGCUUUAUUCGAACCAGCAGCAUAUUUAUAUCCGAAACACAUCUUUCUUACGAAUGCAUUAAUUAAAUUAGAAGACAAUAGAAGUCAAAUUAUGAUUAUGAAUGCAAAUGAUCGUCAAAAGACAUUAUCGAAGAAUACUCCAUUAGGAUAUAUCUCAUAUCAAUCAAAAGUCAAUAAUUAUCUUAUUUUACCUGUACUAUCAGGAAAAAGGACUGAUCGAUCAACCAUUACAAGAACAAAUCUCUAUAGGAGGAACCACUCCUUUGCGGAUCGUUCCUGGGUUCCAUCAACAAAUCCAAAGAGGAAAGUCCAAUCUUUGGACUUAACCUGUCGGAUGGACGACAACGAUGAACAACAGCCUCAAUGUUAUGUCUGUCAAGAAAAAUUUUUAUCACGCAAUGAUUUACAACAACACUUACGUCAGAAAUGUUAUCCAUCAGAAAUGCGAGAGCAGAUUGGAAAAUUAACUCAACACAUCGAAAACACGAAACAACGACAACAAUUACAACAAAUUUUAUGGAAACAUGGAAAAUUAUUUGAUCUCCGGCAACCGUCCAUCAUUAAAGCUACAGUCCAUCAUGCUAUUGAAACUGGUACUCAUCCACCAAUUUAUACUUCACCAUAUCGUGUUUCAUACAAAGAUGAACAAAUCCAAAGGGAAGAAAUUGACAGAUUACUCAAGCAAGGAAUAAUUGAAGAAUCUAAAUCGCCAUGGUCAUCUCCAAUAGUAUUGGUAAGAAAAAAAGAUGGUUCUGUUCGAUUUUGUAUUGAUUUUAGGAAAUUAAACAAUAUUACGACCAAAGAUGCAUUUCCUAUACCUCGAAUUGAUGAUAUCUUUGAUCAUUUAUCACAAGCUGAAUAUUAUACAACCAUCGACUUUAAAUCAGGUUAUUUUCAAGUUGGUCUGGACCCCAAAGAUCGUCCGAAAACAGCUUUCUCAACCCGAGAUCAGCAUUAUCAAUUUACAGUGUUACCUCAAGGUGUUACAAACGGUCCACCAGCAUUCCAACGCAUCGUUAGUCAAAUACUUGGACCUACAAGAUGGCAAUAUUCAUUAGCUUAUCUGGAUGAUGUUAUAAUAUAUUCACCAACAUUCGAUCAACAUUUAACACAUCUUGAUGAUAUUCUCAACCGUUUAAAUGAUGCAAAUUUUCGUCUUAAUGUUAACAAAUGUCAAAUAGCAAAAACGUCGAUUGAUUAUCUUGGUCAUCACAUUGAACGUAGUACUAUUAGACCGAAUGCAGACAAUAUUCGUGCAUUAUUGGAAACUCCACAGCCAACAACAGCAAGAGAAGCAUUUCGAUUCGUCAAAGCUGCUGAAUAUUACCGCAAAUUUAUACCUGGAUUUUCGACAAUUGCACAACCCUUACAUAAAUAUGCACCUACUACAAAAGAACAACGAUCACAAAAAUCACAAUCUACACCUAUUAUUUUAUCCGAUGAAGAACUUCAUGCAUUUAAUGAAUUGAAACAAAUAUUAACUAAUGAUUUAGUAUUACGUAUUCCCGACCAAAAUUUACCAUUUAAGAUACAAACCGAUGCAUCAAAAAUUGGAAUUGGAGCUGUACUUAUGCAAACUCACCCAAAUGGGGAUCUACCACUAGCUUAUUUAUCAAAGAAAUUUACAACAACCCAAAUGAAUUGGCCUGCAACAGAACAAGAAUGUUAUGCUAUUAUAUAUGCAAUCGAAAAGUGGCAUAAAUAUUUAGAUGGACGUUCAUUCACUAUUGAAACAGAUCAUAAACCAUUAUUACCAUUCAAUUUAAAACAACAAUUAAAUUCGAAAUGUGAACGAUGGCGUUUAAAAUUACAACAAUAUCAAUUUACUAUUCGAUAUAUUAAAGGAAAACAUAAUACGGUAGCUGAUUAUUUAUCCCGUUCACCAGUAGAUAAUGGAACAAAUGAUGAAGACGAUUAUACUCCAACACAAUCUAGAUCAACACAAACUGAUAAUUGUAUGAAGACACAAAUUAUUGCACCUGUCAUGACUCGUAGACAAGCAAGACAACAACCUAAUGAGAGGACUGAUCAUCAUUUAUCAGAUCAGACCUGUGAUGGAAACCGACAAGCGAGGAAUGUCGACAUACCAAUCGACCAUUCCUGUAUUCCAAAAGCCAACCAACUACCGACAUCGAUCUACAACACCGACUGUGAUAAAAUAAUACCAUUUACAUUGGAACAAUUAAAAGAAUUACAACAUCAAGAUGACGAAAUUAACAACAUCAUUUACAACAUCAAGAAUUACAAAGAAUAUUUUGUUAAAAAUAAUAUGUUAAUGAAGAAAGCAUUUCCGCCAGUACCAGUUAUACCCAAGGGAAGAAUACGUGCAGACAUAAUUAAAAUUUAUCACGAUACACCUGCAAAUGGUGCUCAUUUCGGUCGAGAUCGCACCAUCCACAAAAUUCAACAGCGAUAUUAUUGGCCUCAUAUGAUUUCUGAUAUUCAAAAUUAUAUUAAAUCAUGUGUGCCUUGUUUACAAAAUAAUCCUCAACGGCAGAAACCACCAGGUGCUUUGAAACCAAUCAAACCUCCGGAAGGUGUAUGGCAAUUACUUACAAUGGAUUUUCACGGACCGAUUACACCAACAACAAAACAUGGUAAUAAAUAUAUUAUUUUAUUAACUGACGUAUUAUCAAAAUUCGUAAUUACGAAAGCAGUCCGUGAUUGCACUGCUUCAACUGCCGCACAAUUUUUGACCGAGGAAGUAAUCCUGAAAUAUGGCACUCCGAAAUGUAUUCUUACAGACAAUGGCACUCAUUUUACAGCAACGAUGAUGACUGAAUUAUUUAAGAAAAUUGGUAUUACACAUUUAUAUUCAACACCUUACCAUCCAAUGACUAAUGGACAAAUAGAAAGAUUUAAUGCUACAAUGGAUGCUAAAAUAGCAGCAUUAUCAAAUGAAAAACGUACGAAUUGGGAUGAACAAUUACCAUUUGUUACAUUCAACUACAACACUACUAUUCACAAAACGACUGGACAAAUUCCAUUCGAAUUAAUAUAUGGUCGUUCGCCAAUUUUACCUUUUGAUCAACAACAACCAUUAGUUACCUUAUCACAAGAUCCGGAAUACAAGUCAAAAUUAAAUCAAUAUUUAUUAACAUUAACUGAACAAACAAAAGUUAAAAUAUUAGAACAACAACGAAAAUAUAAAGACCGUUAUGAUCGAUAUCGGACCGAUCCAACUUAUAAAGUCGAUGAUCUCGUCCUUAUUAAAACAUUAAACAAGCGAAACAAAUUCGACAUACGAUAUGAAGGACCUUUCAAGAUUACACAACAAAUUGGAAGAAAAACAUUUAUCGUACAACAUAUUAAGAAGCAUACAUUAAUACGGCAAGUUACAAUAGAUGUCCUUAUUCCCUUAUAUGAACGAAAAUAUAUGGAUUAG